CUAGUGCAGCCGCAUAAGGUAGACAUAUAUACAAAUUCUUAUUCGAUAAGUGAUGGAAUCACAAUAUCAAUGUAAUUUUCAAAAGCUAGAAUUCUAACUAAAAUUUACACGGAGCAUCGACGGAGGAGUUUCGUGAAAUAUCCUUGUCCAAACGAAUAAAAACGUCGGACUUGCACGAAUAUUUUGGUGAAAUUUGGUGCAAUGAUUGUCCGUCUUAAAAGAUUUGUUUUACCACUCUGCAAGUUGGAUAAACUUGGAAAAAUUCAGAAACAGUAUGUUAGAUACGGUUCUUUGCAGUCUUCGGCUAAAGUGUUAGAGCAUCUAAAAACUAAAAGUUUAUUGCGAAUUAGAGGAAAAGAGACUUCAGAUUUUCUACAAGGAUUGAUUACGAAUGAUAUGAAGCACUUAAACGAAGGAGCAGCUAAUUUGUAUGCACUGUUUCUAAAUAUUAAGGGUAGAGUGUUGUACGAUGUUAUCGUGUAUAAGAGUCAGGAAGACGAUGUGUAUUACAUUGAAUGCGAUUCAGAAGCCGUAGAUUCGUUGCAAAAACAUUUAAAAAUGUAUCGUAUUAGAAAAAAAAUAGAUAUAGACACCUUAGGAGACAGUAUGAAUGUUUGGGUAUUCUUUGAUUCUACACAAUAUUCUGGUGAUAAAAAUGCUGAUAGUGGAGAACAAAAACUUGAAGGUUUAAUAUUUCCAUGUGGUAGUCCUAAUAAUAAAUCGAUAAAAGUGAUAAAUAAUAUUAUGAUGUACGAAGAUCCUAGACUCUCGAACUUAGGUAUCAGAAUCCUAGCAGAAUCAAACAUUGAAAGUAAUGAAAUAAGAAAACAUCUGAAUUCUGAUGUGCUUGUUUCUAAUAGUAUACUAAGUUAUAAAGCAUUUCGUUAUAAACUCGGAGUUCCCGAAGGUGUUGAAGAUUUACCACCAGGAAAACCCUUACCUCUAGAAGUUAAUUGUGAUUAUUUACACGGAAUUAGUUUUCAUAAAGGUUGUUAUAUUGGUCAAGAACUUACUGCGCGUACUUAUCACACUGGUGUCGUAAGAAAACGUUUAAUGCCAUUAUUAUUCGAAGAGCUUCCUACAAAAUCGUUUUCGUACGACGAAAAAAUUGUCGACGAAUCUGGCAAUGCAGUAGGUAAAUUUAGGGGAAAUGAAAAAGAAUACGGAUUAGCUUUAAUGCGAAUCGCGGAAACCCUGAAAGCAAAAUCUCUUACUAUAUCGGAUCAUAAACUAAAUGUAUCGAAGCCCUUAUGGUGGCCGCAAGAUUUGCAACAACAAAGUGUAUCUGCUAAUAAAAAAUAAUGCAUAUAAAUGAGAUACUGUUUAGUUUAUAUAGUUCUCCGUUUCUACAUAGAAAAUUGUAAUAUGAGAAUAUAAAAUAAAUUUAUUACGCAAAGAAAUUAUAGAGUAUU